AUGGAAGCCAACUUAAAGCCAAGCACACAUGCUGAUAUUUUCUGCCACAUGAUGAAAUGGCUGGUUCAUAGAAGACGAGAUAUGAUGGCCAUGUACAUGUUAAUGUUAGAUCAACAUCUUCAUUGCCCUACAUUUGGAAGUCAACGCCUUUUGUCUCAAGCUGCAAUUAACAUGAUUGGUGAAUCAGUCCCACAUCCAAGAUACUCACCUAUUACAUAUCCAAGUGUUCUUGGAGAGCCAUUGCAUGGGGAGGAUAUUGCUUUUUCAAUUCAGAGAGGAAGUGUUGAUUGGGAGAGAGCUAUGCGAUGUAUUAGGCACGCCCUUCGUAGUGCUCCAUCACCUGAUUGGUGGCGGCGUGUGCUUCUGGUGGCACCUUGUCACCGACCACAGCCACAAGGAUCAAUAGCAGGUGCUGUCUUUAGCUCUGACAUGAUUUGUGAGGCAACCAUUGAUAGGAUUGUUGAACUCUUGAAGCUUACAAAUUCAGAUGUAAAUUGUUGGCAGGAGUGGCUUAUCUAUUCAGAUAUCUUUUUCCUUCUCAUGAUAAGUGGUUGCAUUGAUUUUGUUGAUUUCUUGGACAAGUUAAUAUUAUGCAUAACCAAGGAAGAUAAUCAAGAAAUUCUCAAGUCAAAUCAUGUCACAUGGUUGCUUGCACAAAUUAUACGUAUCGAGCGUGUAAUGACCACUUUAAGCACAGACUCAAGAAGAGUGGAAACAACCAAAAAGUUUUUGUCAUUUCAUAAAGAAUCCAUACCCUCGGAUCCUAAUACUCCCCAAAAUACCCUUCUUGACUUUAUAACCAGUUGUCAAACCCUUCGAGUAUGGUCACUCAAUUCAUCAACAAGAGAAUAUUUAAAUAGUAACCAACUUCUUAAAGGAAAGCAAAUAGAUGAAUGGUGGAGGCAAGUAAGUAAAGGGGAUCAUAUGAUGGAUUAUAUGAAUUUGGAUGACAGAUCCAUUGGGAUGUUUUGGGCUGUAUCUAACACCAUGGCACAGCCUGCUUGCGAAAUGGUGUUGACUUGGUUGACUUCUGCUGGACAUGCAGAAUUACCAGGUCAAAAUAAUGAGAAAAUUACAGUCAUGAGGGAGGUUAAUCCUGUCCCAGUAUCACUAAUGUCAGGAUUUUCAAUUAAUUUGUGUCUGAAACUGGCUUUACAGAUGGAAGAUGUUAUGUUUUUUGGACAGCAUGCACCUAAUAUUGCCAUGGUGGAAACAUACUGUAGGUUGCUUCUUAUUUACCCUCAUUCGUUGUUUCGUUCACAUUUAAGUCAUUUGCUUCAGAGGAAUCCUGAAACUUUUAAUAAGCCUCCAGCCACACUUUUAGUGCUUGAAAUACUCAACUACCGGUUAUUUUCAUUUUACAGAUACCAAGGAAAGAGCAAGACAUUGAUGUAUGACAUCACCAAAAUUCUUUCUACACUAAAAGGAAAACGUGGAGAUCAUCGAGUGUUUCGAUUGGCUGAGAACUUAUGCAUGAAUCUCAUUAUGUCAUUGAGAGAAUUUUUCUUCCUGAGGAAGGAAGGGAAGGGAGCUUCUGAGUUGACCGAAACAUUGAACCGUGUAGCUGUAACGAAUCUUGCUAUUAUUAUUAAAACACGUGGGAUUGCUGACAUGGACCACCUUCUAUAUCUUCCAACAAUGUUGGAACAGAUUUUGACCAAUAGUCAACACACAUGGUCAGACAAGACCUUAUCUUACUUUCCAGCUGUCCUACGUGAGGCCUUGAUUGGGAGGGUGGACAACAGAGGCCUUGCAAUCCAAGCAUGGAAACAGGCAGAAGCAACAGUUAUCCAUCAAUGUACACAGCUCCUAUCACCACCAGAUGAUCCAACUUAUGUCAUGACUUACAUAAGUCAUAGUUUUCCUCAACACAAACAAUAUCUAUGCGCUGGUGCGUGGGUACUAAUGCGUGGACACCCUGAGAGUAUCAACAGUGCAAACCUGGGACGUGUUCUUGGAGAAUUUUCCCCUGAGGAAGUGACUGCAAAUGUGUACACUCUGGUGGAUGUUCUUUUGUGUAAUAUUCACUUGGAAAUAAAACAUGGACAUUCCUUGGAGGAUGUAAUAUCAAAUGUGUGUGGAAAUCUUGCACAUUUUAUUUGGAAACACGGGUUGCUGCCUCCAGAUGUUUUGCUUCUUGCACUGAUUGAUCGUGAUGAUGAUCCCCAUGCAUUGCCGAUUGUGGUUAAUUUACUUGAAAGACAAGAGCUUCAACAAAGAAUAAACUUUUAUGUUGCUAAUUGUGGAAGCAGCCCUGAGCAUUGGCUUCAAACUGGAAUAUUUACUCGUAAUGAAUUACAGAAAGCUCUUGGCAAUCAUUUGUCAUGGAAGGAAAGGUCACCAACAUAUUUUGAUGACAUGGCAGCACGUUUGCUUCCUGUAUUCCCGUUAAUUAUUUAUAGACUUAUUGAAAACAAUCUUACAGAUUUAGCAGAUCGUGUCCUCCAAUUCCAUUCAUCUUUCCUUCAUUUCUACCCUUUAAAUUUCACAUUUGUUCGUGACAUUCUUUCAUAUUUCUACCCUCAUCUCCCCCAAAACCUCAUUUUCCGUAUACUAAGCAUAUUAGACGUAAAAAAGACACCAUUCUCUGAGUCAUUUCCUCAACAUGUGAAUUCAUCAAAUAACAUAUCUCCACCAUUGGAGUACUUCACUUCUCUUUUAACAAAUCUUGUAAAUAAUGUCAUCCCACCUUUAUCUAAUAAAACUAACCAAUCAGAAUCAACUUUCAAACCCCAAAACCAAAAACCAUUUUAUCAAAUUCAAGAUCCCGGGACACAUACGCAACUUGUUCUCGAAACCACAGUUAUAGAAAUCCUAUCUCUCCCCAUAACCCCAACACAAAUUAUCUCAUCAUUUCUGCAGAUUAUUAUUUCCUCCCACUUUCAACCAAAAUUUAAUCAAUCAUCUUGUUUGAUGAUUCAAGCGUGUGGGCUUCUCUUAGCUCAGCUUCCUGUUGAGUUUCAUACACCGCUUUUUGCUGAGGUGGCACAUGUGAUUAACGAGAGUUCGUGGCAUUGCUAUGUUUUGUUGGAUCCAACAUGGGCAUGUCAGGAAAAUACCUCAACUACCCUUGGGAAUAUGGUGGCAUUGCUUCAUGCGUUCUUCAGUAAUCUUCCACACGAAUGGCUGGAGAAAACACAUCUUCUUGUGAACCAAUUAAGACCUGUUUCUUCUGUUGGAGUGCUAAAAAUAGCUUUUCGUAUAAUUGGUCCUUUGUUGCCAAGAUUAGCAAAUGCUCACACUCUGUUUGUUAAGACUUUGGAACUGCUUUUGAGCAUGAUGGUGGAUGUGUUUGGGAAGAAUAGUCAGCAGCCAUCAAAUCCUGUUGAAGCAUCAGAUGUAACUGAUCUUAUAGACUUCCUUCAGCAUGUGGUGCAUUAUGAAGGGGAGGGGGGACCUGUACAGACGAAUUCUAAACCAAAAGCAGAUGUAUUGAGUUUAUGUGGAAGAGCCAUUGAGAACAUGCGUUCAGAUUUGCAGCAUCUUCUUUCUCACUUAAAAACUGAUAUUUUGUAAAUUCAGUUUCAGGUUUUACUUCUUUUUUACUUACAUUACAUGCUUUCUGAAUAUAUAAAUGUAGCUUAUAGAGUCUGUAUAGAUGUACUGAGUAAUGUGUUUUUGAGAUAACUGAAGGUUUUAUAUUAACGGAAAUAAUGUAAAAGGGAAUAAGUUGGUAUAAACAUUUAAACUGCCAAAAAAAAUUCAC